AUGAACAAUUCUAAUCAAUUACAAGAAUUAUUUGGACGAAAAAGUUCCUCGAACAAUAAUGUUAUUAAAUCAAAGUCUCCAUUAUCAGUUAAUACAGCUGUUUUAAAGGAGUCACAACAAAACUAUAUUAACGACAUUAUUAACAAUAAUGUCGUUUCUCCUUCUUCUGCUUCACCCUUUGUUCGACGAACAAUAUUAUCCAACGCGCGUCAAUCUUGGAUAUUUAAUAAGCCUCCCUCAAUUCCAGAGGCUGAAAGUGUUUAUGUUCAACCAACUGCUAUACUUGAAAAGAAUUUGGGAACUGCAAAAUCGAGAUUAUCAGUUAUUAUUCAAGGUGGUAGUAAUCAACAACAAUAUGGAAGAGUAAUGACUAAUAGUAUAUAUAUUAAAACUGAAAAAGACAAAGAAGUGGUUAGUUCUCCUGAAAUAUAUAAAACUUCAGGGAUCGAAAAUUCAAUUGAUGAUUUACCAUUGCCGCCUCAAUUACCAACCACACCAUUAUCAAGUAGACCUAUAUCUAAUGUUUCUUCUUCAUCUACAAAUCAAUAUUAUAGCGAAUAUGAUACAUUAUCAGAUUCAUAUCAUUCUUUAUCAUCUUCAUUUGCUUCCAAUUCUAUAAUUACGAACAGUCGUGAUAGUAUGUCUGAUACAAUCUCAAUGUUCAGCAAUUCACCUUCAAUCUUAAAUGAUCAUCAUCAUAAACUUAAUAAACAACUUUAUAAUAAUGCUCCUCAAUCUUCUACUGGUAUACCUCAUCAACGAUAUUCUAUGCCUUCUUCCUCAAGCGAAUUUACUUCACCAAAUAGUUCUAAUCAGUAUAUUAUUGAUUCUCAAAGACGCGCUUCAAUGCCAAUUCUAUCUAACGAUACUGAAUUGGAAAGUACUACUAAUAUUCGCGCUUCCUUUUAUUCUAAUACGUCAAAUGAAAGUUCGUCUGUUCAGCGCGCUACUUUACGUCCCAGUAGAUUAUCAUCACCUGCUAAUGCCCAACUUGCUCAAAGAGCCUCAAGAGCAUCCAUGAGAAUGAGCCUUAAUAAUUUAAUGCAAAAACGUUUUAAUAUCGCUUUGGAAAUAUUGACUACCGAGCGUCAUUAUGUUGAUUGUUUACAGCUUGUCCAAAGGUUGUUCCUAAGCCCUUUGAACGAAUCACUGAAAUCGGCCAACCCGAUACUGACCAAAAAGUCAAUCAAUGAAAUAUUUGCAAAUCUCUCUGAUCUAAUUAAUAUUAACAUAGAAUUAUUAAAAAGAUUGGAAGAGAGAAUUGCUAUACUCAUUGAUGAUAAACCAAUUGAAGAUUCUGAGGAUAAAUUUUGGAAUCCUGAAGAUGGUUGCCUAGGAGACAUUUUCUUGAAUAUGGCACCUUUCUUUAAGAUGUAUUCGAUUUAUGUUAAAAAUUUCAAUUCGGCUCUUUCCGUAAUUGACGUUCAAUUAAGAGAUAAUCCGGCAUUUUCCGCUUUUCUAAGGGAUAUUAUCAAGACAGGACAGUGUAAAGGUCUUACCUUACAAGCGUAUUUGAUAAUGCCAGUACAACGGAUACCUAGAUACAAAUUAUUGUUAGAGGAUCUGUUAAAGAAAACAGUGGAAACUCAUCCAGAUUAUCUUAACUUAAAGAAAGCUUAUCAAGUUAUUGAAAAUGUUGCAACUUUUGUCAAUGAAACUAUUCGACAACAUGAAAUGUUUAUUACUAUGUUAGAUAUUCAAAAAUCAUUGACAGGAUUUGAUGAAGUAUUAUUGGUUCCUGGUCGUACUUUUAUUAAGAGAGGAACCGUCAAAAAGAUAUGUCGUCGAAAUCAUCAGCAACGCGAAUUUUUCUUAUUUUCAGAUAUUUUGAUCUAUGCAACUCCUAGUUUAAUGGAUGAUACUUAUACGUUUCAUCGAAAGUUCGAUCUCGAGGAUGUAACAGUUUUAGUUGUUGAUACUCAAAAUGUUAAUGGAUUUCUGAUAAUGAGCCCUCAAAAAAGCUUCACACUUUAUGCAGAUACUCAGAAAGAUAAAGAAUCGUGGAUCAACGCGAUUCGUGAUGCCAAAGAAGAAUAUUUAAGCGCUAAAAGAACACUCAAAAUUGAUUCAGAAGCUGAUCGUUGUAUGAAUUGCUCGGAAGAAUUUUAUACGAUAUUUCGAAGAAAACAUCACUGUCGAGUGUGUGGAAAAGUUGUUUGCCAUGCUUGUUCUACAAGGAAAUUUGUUAUUCCUGGUUCAAGUGAACGAGAAGAUCAGUCGGCACGUGCAUGUGACCCUUGUUUUUUUACAAUGUUUCCUGAUGCUUUAAGAGAUGAGGAUAUAGCACCCGGAAUUCAUGUAUGGAACCUUGUCAAUAAUAAGAGCACAAUUUCACUUGUUGAAUCUCCACAAAAAGAUGAUGAUAUUAAGGAUAAAGAUAAUAUGUUUAAUAUAUUAGAAAACAAUCGAGCAAGCGUAGCAUUAUUUUCGAUCAACAAAUCUCUACGUGAUGCUAUCGAAGCUAAACGCUGUGACUAUUGCAGAGUUGAUUUCACUGUAUUCAGAUGGAGAAAUGAAUGUUUGAAAUGCAAGAAAAUCGUUUGUAACGAGUGUCUCACAAAGAAAUCAAUUGAUUUUUCAUCACUACCUCAAAAAUUUUUGGAUGAAUUAUCAUCACAGACAAUCGAGAAUAGACGAUUUAGUAUUAUGACAAAUGUUAUAAAAAUAUGUGAUUUUUGUUAUCUAGGUAUUGAUCCUAAUCGUAUUACAGUAGAUGAAGAAACAGAUGGUGGAUGGACUGCAAAAGGACAGAUAUCUCCACCAUCCACACCAAAACCAUUUAAGUCAGAAACAAGUUAUAACGUCAAAGCGAAUGAUGAUGAAAUAUUUAAGCAAUCAAGUUUUGAUGACAAAACGAUGAAAGUUAAUAAAGUUGAGGGUUAUUUUAAUCAAGUCGUGAUAGAAAAAGAACAAUGA